CUAUAGAUAAAAUAAAACAUUAAGCAGUUUGUAUAAAAACGUAAGUUGUUGUAAUCCUUCACCUCAUCAUUAAAAUGAAGAUUAUUAUUUUGUUUUCGCUUGUAGCUUUUUGCCAAUCCUCCCCUGCAAACAGUUUGAGAGGCAACAACGUCAGUGAAGGCGAUGUUAAGAUAUUUUUCACAUCUCAGUCUCAUCAAAGUAAACUGAUACAAGUAGACCUUUAUGACCCAAAAGAAGUAAAUGACAAUGGAUUUUCAAACGAAAAGGAUACUAUCUUCAUUGUGCAUGGUUUCAGUGACAAAUACAACUCUCCGGUUUGCAUAGAAAUAUCAGAAGCCGUUAAAAAAGCCAAAGAUGCCAACGUUUUUAUUGUUGAUUGGAACAAAAUCUCUAGUAAGGAGUACCCCAUCGCACAAGCUUCAGUGCCCGAUAUUGCAAAAAUUCUCAGCCGACGUAUUAACAAUUUGGUAAAGCACAAUGCAUUGGAUUUGAAUAAAACGUUCAUUGCUGGACACUCUCUUGGUGCCCAUAUUGCUGGAUUCUGCGGAGCUGAUCUUAAAGGGAAACUAAAUCAUAUAGUAGGUUUGGAUCCCGCCCUUCCUCUUUUUGAGCAGGCUGACAAGGACAAUCGUCUAGAUUCCUCUGACGCAAAAUUUGUUCAGGUUAUCCACACAAAUGCAGGACAGUUAGGCUUCGCCAUAGAACUAGGACAUGCUGAUUAUUGGCCCAAUGGUGGUGGCAUUGACCAACCGGGGUGUGUGGAUGAUUCAGGUUGGUGCGCUCACAAUAGAUCUUACAGUUACUUUGCGGAAUCAAUAGUAACGGGUGGAUUUCUCGCCCGCAAAUGCGAUAACUACAAGGAUUUUGAGGCUGGAAAAUGUGAUUCUGCCGCUACUUCGUUUAUGGGCCAAUUUUACCUUGAUCAAAAAGCACGUGGUAACUACUUUUUGAACACUAAUAGUGAAUCACCUUUUGCAAAAAACUGAUUAGAAAUUAUUAUUAGUUUAGUUUAAAAAUCAAUAAAUAAUUAAACA